AUGGCCACUUUUGUCGUUCUCGGAGGCACUGGCAACCUCGGUAAGCCCAUCUCUACUCUCCUGGAAGAAUACAAGGACGCCUACCCCGUCGUCCGUUUCACGACCCGCGACCCGGCCUCCGCCAAGGCGAAGGAGCUCGUCGCGCUCGGCGCGCACGCCUUCGCGUUCAGCGACACCCUCGACACCCUUUUCGCCGGCGCCGCCGUCGUCGCGAACAUCCUCCCCACCUCGCUCGAGACGACGCUCCUCCCGGAGCUCGUCCCCGCCCUGAUCCGCAAUGGCGUUCAGGUCUUCUUCACGUCCGAGUUCGGAAACGACCUCCGCAAGAUUGACUUCCCGGGGUACGAGCACCCGGACUGGGCGGGCAAGCUCGCGAACCGCGCGACCGCGAUCGCGCUCGCCAAGGGCUCCGACCUCGCCGUCAUCCCCGUCGCCUCCGGGGUCUUCAUGCCCUGGGCCGCGCACAUGUCCAUCGACUGGGCCACCAACAGCACCGUCGGCUUCGGCGCGGGGAAGCGCAUGGCGAUGACGGACUUCCCGGACAUCGCGCGCACGCUCGCGCGGCUCGGGGUGCUCGCGCGGGACCCGGCGACGCGCGCGAGCGUGCCGAGCGCGGAGGAGGGCGUGCGGAUCGCGAGCCAGUUCAUCACGAGCGCGGAGGUCGUCGAGGCGGUCAAGAAGGCGAAGGGGGUGGACAUCACGGUCAAGCCGUUCGACGCGACGCAGGCGAGGGAGACGCUGAAGGCGAUCUACCCGCCGAAGGAGGUGUCGGCGUUCGUGCUGUAUGCGGGGGUCCUCGUCGAGGAAGGGCUUGCGGACUACUCUGCGGACUGCCACAACGAGCUGGUCAACCCUGGAGAGAAGCUCUGGAAGUGGAAGACUUUCGAGGAGCUGCUGCGCUCCGCGUGA